CACACAGAGAUAGAUGGAUUUUCGAUGUCUGGUGUCUGUCAACGCUUUUGUUAGCUUUUGUCAGUUUGUGUUUUUCUUCUAAUAGUUCCACUUCUUGUCUUCACAUCUUCUUCUUUUUCUCCGUGUACUCUUUGUAAGUGCUUCUGCUUCCCUGCCUUCUUUUUCAGUCUCAGUGCCUCUCAUUUUGUUCUUUUCUUUUCACUUUUCUUUCCCACUUUAGCUCUUUUCUUCUCUUUCUUCUUCAUUUUAGUUAAUAAUAGUUGCAAGGCCUAAACCCAAUUGAACUUUACUCUCUUUCUUUGGUUUUAAAAGGGUUUGCGUUGAUUUUGGUGUUUGGAUUACUGUGGUUGAGAGGAAAGUUCUUUUCUUUUUGGGUUAUUUUCUCUUUCUAGCUAGAGUUUUUUUGGGUGUGUUUAGGGUUUUGGCCUGUUUUGGGGUUUGGAUUUUGCAGUUAUGGUGAGGAAACAUGGAUGGCAACUACCAGCUCAUACCUUUCAGGUUGUUGCAAUCACUGUCUUCUGCUUACUAGUGAUUGCAUUUUAUGCUUUCUUUGCUCCUUUCCUUGGAGGCAAAAUCUGGGAGUAUGUGCUUCUUGGGACUUACACUCCAGUGGUACUUCUUGUCUUUAUUCUAUAUGUUCGGUGUACCGCAAUUAACCCUGCAGAUCCUGGCAUCAUGUCUAAAUUCAAUUCCAAUGUAGCAAAUAAACUCAAUGCGAAACAUGGGUUUUCAGUGAAGGAUCUGCCUAGAAAAUUUGAUCAAACUGGAAGUGCUAUGCAUUCUUCGUUUUCAUCACCCUCCAGAAGUUCUAUAGGUCCAGCAAACUCUAGUAAGAAAGGGUCAGUGGGGGAAGUUGAGAGAGUCGAGACUGCUGUGCAAUCUCCAACCAGAAAACCUUCCCAUAACAUCGGUUUAAUCUUCUGUGCACCUUUUGUUCAUGAAGAUUGCCGCAAACAUGGAGAGAUAGCUGACCAACAGGGCAAUGGUGAAGAUGCUUUGUUCUGUACAUUGUGCAAUGCUGAGGUACGCAAGUUCAGCAAACACUGUCGAAGUUGUGAUAAAUGUGUUGAUGGUUUUGAUCACCAUUGCCGGUGGCUUAACAAUUGUGUGGGGUAUAAAAACUAUGUGACUUUUAUUUCUCUAAUGGUUACUAGUCUUGCUUGGCUUGUACUCGAAGCUGGAGUUGGUAUUGCUGUCUUUGUACGUUGUUUUGUUAACAAGCAAAGCAUGAAGAUUGAAAUUGUCGAGACACUUGGAAAUGGUUUCUCUAUAGCUCCUUUUGCAACAGUUGUGGCUGUAUGCACUAUAGUUUCUAUCCUGGCUUGUGUACCUCUCAGUGAACUUUUCUUUUUCCACAUGAUAUUGAUCAGAAAGGGUAUUACCACGUAUGAGUAUGUUGUGGCCAUGAGAGCAAUGAGUGAGGCACCUGCUGGAGCAUCUGAGUAUGAGGAAAUGCCAAACUUAGUAUACUCUCCAUCAGGAUCUGCCACAACUGGCUUCAGUGGUGGAAGUUCUCUUGGCCUGCAGUACAAGGGAGCAUGGUGCACCCCUCCUCGGGUAUUUGUGGAUUAUCAGGAUGAAGUCAUACCUCACCUGGAGCCUGGGAUGGUCCCAUCAACUGUUGACCCAGAUGCUGCUGGAGCUGCAGAAAGAGGUAGCAAGGUACCCAAACGGCCAGUUCGAAUUAGUGCUUGGAAACUUGCGAAGUUAGAUUCCACCGAGGCUAUGAGAGCAGCAGCAAAGGCCAGGGCAUCUUCCUCUGUUCUAAAGCCAGUUGAUAAUCGCCGUUUACCCGAUACUGAAUGUAGCUCCAGUGGCAAUAUGAGUGUCAGAAGUAGUGUGAGCUCUGAUAUGGGGACAAACAAAGAGAUCAAGAAUGAGCUGAGACUAACAGCACUAGGAAACUCUUUUGCUCCAAGUCAAGGAAGCCGGGACGAGUAUGAAACCGGGACUCAAAGUGUUAGUAGCUUCAGCAGCCCAAGCCAUGUUCAAGAAUCAGUCAUGCUUAGUCCUCUACCACAAACUCAAGGUCUAGGUCGUUUUAAUGCUGUAACCUCAGCCCCUGGCCUUGUUCCUGAUCAUCCUGUAACUUCUAAGGCUCCUUUACCUACUGCCAACAACCCAUUAUCCCAUACUGCAUCAGGAUUUGAUGAAAAAAUCACGCAGAAGGGAAGUAGUACUGAUCCAUUGCUUCUUUCAGCUCCAGCUGCUUCUCUUCUUAGAGAUGUCAAAAGGACGUCUGUUGUUUGGGACCAAGAGGCUGGUAGGUAUGUAUCAGUUCCUGUGUCAGCUUCUGAAGCUCGGAAUAGAACAGCUACACAAACAGUAUUGCCAAAAUCCAAUGCAGAAACAAGCAAUGAUGGUCGAAAGCCAGCAAUACCACCACAACAGUCAUCAUCAUCAGCUAAAGCUCCUGCUCAGUCAUCUGAGAAGCUCCUGUACACAGGGGACUCCAUUUUCUUUGGAGGUCCACUUUUGAGUGUCCCUGUUAGGGAUAGUGUGAGAAAUGAAGGAAGCUCAGGUUUGAGAGAGGGCCAACAGCGGUUUGCAUUGAAUUUACCUCGAGAGUCUAGAUUCAAAAGAGAUUCAAUAUCAAACCAGCUUCCCGUGUUUGUCCCUGGGGGUUUUGAUACCAACCCUUCUUCUGGUUCUGGUUUGAGGUAGGGUUAAGGCUGAAGAUUUUGACUUCUAACAAAAUCUACGUACAAUUUUUCGUCCAAUUAUCAGGUGAGUUGCUAAGCGAUGGACUUGGAGAAGAAACCCUUAUGGGAGCUGCACAACCCCAGGAACCUUACCAUCUUAAACCCAACCUCGUUAUGAGGUUCAAGCGGUUUCUUCUUUAGAGAAGAAUUUGUGAUUUCAGUCUUCAUUUGAAGAAUGAAAAUGAGAAUCAAGGACUCUUGCCGCUCCCCCUCUUUUCCGGGACAUUGUGGUCAAUGUUUUUCUUAGGAAGUUCUUGUUUAACCCUGUACAAUUGUCUCCAUUGAUGAGUUACAGCAGAGUAAUCAAUUUGCUUUCUAUUCCACAA